AAAACAACGACCAACUUUACGCGGAUUUUUGUUUGUCAACUGCUGUUUGGUGUUUCAGUUCGAGUUGAGUUUGCAUUACGAUCGCUUGCAAAGUGUCUGGACUGGUAAAUUUGUAGUAAUCGUUUGAAUUUGUUGACGCCAAUCUGUGUUAAAAAGGUGUUUCCUGUUUAUUCUUUAACGUGAAAAAGUAGUUCCGAAAAGUGAUCUACGAUAAAAAUGGAGGCUAAAAAUGAUAGCAGCUCGGCAGGUUCGUCAUCGCAAAACACCUCCUCAGUCACAAUGGUCGAUGUUUUGAACGAACAGCUGGAACAGGAAGCAGAGAGUGAUGCAGUGCUUGGGGGUUCCGACGACAAAAAUUGCACAUAUGCUAAGGGUUAUAUUUAUCGCCAAGCAUUGUACUCGUGCUUAACUUGCGUGCCGGAGUCCCGAGUGGAGGAGGACAAACGAGCCGGAGUUUGUCUAGCUUGUUCAUAUCAGUGCCACGAGGGUCACGAGCUAAUCGAGUUGUACACGAAACGAAAUUUCCGAUGUGAUUGUGGCGGAAAGCGUAUGCCCGAUAUUCGUUGCAAAUUGGAUCCACUGAAGUUGGAAGCGAACGAGAGCAAUCUUUACAACCAGAAUUUCAGUGGAUUAUACUGCACAUGUAAGAGGCCCUACCCGGACCCGGAGGACAACAUUCCAGAUGAAAUGAUUCAAUGCGUUGUUUGCGAAGAUUGGUAUCAUACUCGUCAUUUAGAUGCUGAGCUACUGGAAAACACGAAAGAUUUCGCGGAGAUGAUUUGUGGUGGAUGUAUGGAACGAGCGGAAAUUCUUAAACAUUAUGUUGGAGAAAUAGAAUUGGGUAAUCAGACCUUGUUGGAUGACACGCUCCAAGUCGAUGUAACUGGUCUAGAUGAAUCGAACGUGACAACCGCUGCAGCGGACACAAGCGCGACUGUGAGCGAUUCCAGUAAAUUGGACGAAAGUCCGGCAGAGGAUGCGAACUGUAGUAAGCGAUUGAAGUUAGAUAUUUGCACUAAGCCACCAUUGAAUGCGGGCGAAAGCGCUACUUAUAAGAAGGGCGCCAGUUUUUGGAACGACGGUUGGCGGCAGCAUCUGUGCCGCUGUACAGAUUGUAUGGAAACCUACAAAUCAUUGAAGAUUGAAUUUCUUCUGGAUGAAAAAGACACUGUACAAUGGUACGAAGAGAACGGUCGAACAAAGAAGGCAGCAGAGGGCGAUUCUUAUGAGCAGGCAGUCCGAGCACUCGGCCAAAUUGGUCGUUUUCAACAGGUUGAGGUACUUUCCGGCUAUAAUACAUUAAAGAAUCGUCUGAAGGAUUUUCUGGACACAUUCGUUACCAGCCAGCAGGUGGUGACGGAGAAGGACAUAACUGAUUUCUUCGCUAAAUUGAACAGAGAAAAACAGAAUAAAGUUGGUACGCCUUCGUAUUUUUGCCGCUAGAGGCAAUACGUGGUUGCCAUUUGUAUUUUCUAUUUAUGAUAUUCGCUUAGUUAUAUUCGUUACGAAUCCUCUCUGUAAAUUGUAUGUUUACAUAAUAAAAACAUCAUCAACAUAAGAA